AUGGGGUUCAGCCUUCUCGAGAUGUACACUGUGUGGCUCUGGCUGCUCGCGCCGAUGUGCGCGGGCUUCGCGCCGCAGCAGCUCCGCGCGACGCACGCGCGGCUCCGCGCGCCGCACGUCCGCGCGACGCACGCGCGGCUCCCGGCGUCGCAAGUCCGCGCGACGCAGCCGCGACUCCGCGCGCCGCACGUCCGCGCGACGCACGCGCGGCUCCUGGCGCCGCGCCGCGCCGCCAAGGACGACGACGUGCUGUCGUCCGUGGGCAACGCGACGGCGGGCCUCGUCGAGGGCGCCGUGCGCUCCGUGACGGGCGACGGGUCCUACAAGUUCGGCGACAUAACCAAGCGCGCCGUCGCCGGCUUGACGGGCAAGGACGGCACCUUCGGCGACCUCAACGACGACGGCGUCGUCGACGAGAAGGACGCGGCGCUCGCGCUGCAGAUGGUCGGCGACCGGGCGAAGAGCGCCGUCACGAGCUUCACGGGGAAGGAGGACUACGAGUUCGGCGACGUGGGGCGCAAGAUCCUCUCGGAGACGGAGCGCGCGGCGAACGAGCUGCGAGCCUCGUACUUCAACGACCUGCCGGCGGAGCUGUCGCGCGCCAUGUUCUCGGGCCUCAACGCGAAGCAGCGCGAGGCGCUCAUGGUCGCCGUCGCGUCGUACGGAUCCGUCCUCGUGCUCACGUGGUCGCUCGUGUCGAACGCGAUGACGGGGCUCAAGGUCGUCGCGUCCUGGGCGUACGCGACGCGGACCGCGGCGGCGGCGUCGCGCUGGUCCGAAUUCAUCCGGACGAUCUACACGCUCCGGCUCUUCGAGGCGGCGCUCCUGCCGCUCAAGGCCCUCGCGGCCUACGCGCUCGUGCCGCGCUACCACGCGCUCGUCCUGCGGCUGGAGCCGCGCGUGCCGCUCCGCGAGAAGACGACGCUCCACCGGGCGCUCGCGCUCGCGCUCACCUACGUCCUCGGGACCGCGGCCGUGGGCGCCGCGACGGCGCUGGGCGUGCUGCUCGUGCCGCGGCCCGCGCCUAACUUCUGCCUCUAG